AUGUGUCUCGUUGAGCCACACGUUUUCUUCCCACCUGCUGGUGCAAUCGUCCCGGAUCGGCAACUCGCAACCGGGUGUACGACGGUGCUUAGAACAGCACCACCUGAUAGGAAACUUGACGGAAAGUACGACUUUAUUGUUCGGACGGAUAGUCCACGGGUCAAAAAGGCGCGCGAGGAUAUACUCGAAUUUUUGCUUGUUCAUCAUCCCCUUGACUGUCCCGUCUGUGAUCAGGCAGGCGAGUGUGAUCUUCAAGACUACUCGCAUCGACACGGACGCGAUAAGAGUCGUUAUCUUGAGGUCAAAAAUGUUCCACCCAAGAAAGACUUAGGACCCGAUGUGCUGCUUUACACAACGCGCUGCAUUGUCUGCACCCGGUGUAUUCGAUUCGCGGAAGAGGUUUCCGGAACGGGCGAAUUAGGCUUAGUUCACCGCGGCUCCCACGAUGAAAUUGAUAUUCCACGAAGCCAUGAAGGUGUUCCCUUGCAGGUACUGGAUAACAAAUUGGCAGGCAAUGUUGUUGAUAUUUGUCCCGUCGGGGCAUUGACUAGCAAGGAUUUCUUGUUCAAGUCUCGUCCGUGGUUCUUAGAGAAAGCGAACAGCGUUUGUUCGGGGUGUAGUGUCGGUUGCAAUAUCACCGUAGAAUAUAAAGCCGAUGGCGUGUACAGGAUCAAGCCGCGCUUCCACGAAGAUAUUAACCAACAUUGGAUGUGUGACGAUGGUCGCCUGGGUUACCACUAUGUGAACAGCGAUGACCGACUCCAACUUCCGAUGAAACGGGUUGAUGACGAACUCACUCCAACACAUUGGGCAGAUGCCUUAGCGGUAAUUACAGAAAAAUUGUCGGAAAUAGAAACUGAGGACAUUGUUGUUAUCGGCUCUGCACAGGGUACAAAUGAAGACAAUUACGUUUUACAACAGUUCGCACAUGGUGUGCUGAAAACAACGCAGUUGGGACUCUUUGGACAGUUGCCCGGUGAAGAACACAAGUUCCCUCAGUUUACGAUUGAAGCCGACAAAAACCCUAACAUGGCAGGAGCACGAACGAUACUCGGUUCUGCGAAUGGUAACGUCGUUUUAGAAGGUGACGCGCUUUGGGAGAAAGUAUCGGGCGCGAAAGUCGUUUAUCUCGUUAGCGGUGGACCGGAGCGUCCUCUUGAAGAUGCUGAAAAAGCGGCGUUGGAGAGUGUUGAUUUCCUUAUCGUGCAAGACGUUUUGCCCUCAGAAGUCACACAGUUAGCAGAUGUGGUUCUACCGGGAACAACCUUCGCCGAGAAAGAUGGCACCUUCACUAAUUCGACAGGUUGGGUGCAGCGGAUUCGUAAGGCGGUUGACCCACCCGGUGAAGCGCGUGCGGAUUGGGAAAUUACGCAGCAGCUUGCCAAGCAGUUGGGCGGUGAGAUGAACUACCAUUUUGCCGGUGAGAUUGCCCUGGCAAUUGCGGAGAAUGUCCCAGGAUAUGGUGAUACCACGCAUCAAAAAAUUGGGGAUGCGGGAAUCAAGCUAACCUAA